AUGCACCUGGAUCUUUAUCUGGACAAAUACGAAAAAGGACCGCUCUACGUCAAAAGAUUGGCGUUCAUAUGCCUGGAAUUCCCCGUCUCUGCAGACGUGGUUCACCGAUUGCUGGACAUGAUUGUGGACCCUAAGUCUCCUUACAGAUACUUUAAAGACACGCCCCGUCUGCUGAGAAUCAGUGGCCAGGAGACAUACAUGCAACGCUACAACGAAAUGCAGAUGGCGAUCAACUCGAAGCCGAACUUCGAUCACGAGCUAGCCAAGCUUUCCAAACAGGCGCCCACACAGGCCAAUUUCGAGCGCGUGGUCGAUCUCUUGCAUCUGCGCACAGUGCACACACUAAUGACUACCGGGUCGAGCGAUAACAUUGGUGAUAACUCGGGUUUCUACUACAACUUGGGUCCGGAGUACUCGGCCAUGUUUCGAAAACGCUCAUUCAGAGAAUUGCAGAAGCUGAUGGUCUACAAGGCCUACGAUGGCAACCUGGCGUCGUCCACGGUGUUUCUGCGGCGGAAAUUGCAACAGGUGCUGGAAUACGAACGUGAUGACGAGAGCGAUGAGGACGAUAGAAUGGGCUCAGACGAGUACAACUUAGAAAAAGAGGAGGCCGUUGCCUACUGGACCUGUCGAUGGUAUUUGCUCUAUGCGCUUUUUUUGAGUAAUAACUACCGGGCAGUCGUUGAAGAAUACUUCCAGCUCAUAAAGGAGCCAGCUGUCGCCGGCUAUAAUGCUUUGGACGUGCUGGCAAACGAUUACAGCAAUGAACUCGUUUUGAGAGAGUACCUGCUGCGCACUGUGUGUUUCUCCGUCCUGGUGGCAGAGAAAAUGCAGAAUCUGGAAGCCAGAUGGAAGGAAAUGAGCGGAGAGACUUUUGCCUCGGAUGCUCCAUUGAGAAAGCUCAUAAAGCUCUAUACCGGUUGCCGUUUCUCUGAUUUGAAAAACAUUCUCGCAGAGUUCCAGUCGGAAUUCGACUACGACGAGCAGCUUUCGCAUAGUUAUAGGCUCUGGAAACGGACUUUUGAGUACAAGGUAUGCGUAUUCUAUCUAUCGCUGGUUAAAAGAGUGUCUCUUGGUCAUCUAGAAGAAGUUCUGGGCACUACAAGCGAGGAGAUCACUAAACUGAUCAGUCUAUUCAAGCUACGAGUCAAAAUCGAUCAAAAAAACAACCUUGUCGAGUUCCAGGACACUGACAGCUACAAUUCUCUGGACAACCAAAUUCAGCUCCUGACCGAUGCUGCCGUGGCAGAGAUGAGAGCACUGGAGGUCAAUAGGAUGGUCAAAGAGGCCUUUGAUUGA